AUGCCUCUUCAUUAUCCCCACCUUGCAACCCAGACCGAGCCGGCCGCGCAUGCGCACGACCGACCACCUCUCUCUGGGGGUGGGGUAGCGGGUUCCGAGCAGCGCUUCCUCUCAGUGCGUCGCUGGACGGCAAGCGGGCUGGACGUGCCGGCGACUGCGGCCUGCUCACAGCCCCCACUGGACGCUCCUUCUCGGCGGAUAAACUGUCGAGUCCCGCGCGUGGCCUUCGAUCCUGGAACGGGAAGGGCGGAAGGCAAGCCGUCUGCAGCCCGCGACGCUUUCAAGGGGACGGCCGCGACCGAGUGCCGUGUUUACCGACGCCCAGCCGGAACAUCGCUGAUCCGGCCGCUUGUCAUCGCCAACUCGGAUGGCCGUACGUGGAGGGCUCCACUAUUAAGAUGCGGCGGCCGCAGUGAUGCGAUGGUGUCCCCGGCGCGCGCCCUCUUGUCCUGGGUUCGCGCCCGGCUGCAGCCCCGCGCCGUGGCCUCCCCACACAGGGCCAGUAGAGAGCGCGCCCAAGAGCCCCCGACAAUAAUGAAUUUCAAUGCGUUUCCCGGCAUAGCAGCUACCGAACCUGUCGGCGGUGAUACAGCUUGCAGGGUCCUCUAA